AACAAACAUCAAAAGUCCGAUGAACGGCUCAAUAUCCGUAGCUGUUCAAGCUACUGGGGUUCACCCUGCGAGCUUGCUCUGUGACAACAUCUUUACGGAUAUAAUGCCCCUUCUUCUUUCAGGCAUUCAGUCAAACAGUUUGUGGCCCAUGCUAUCGCCGACACUAUUCCCCUCUCACGCUUCCAAGUUCCAACAUCCAUCCAUCCCAUCCCACGACCCACUUUCAAAGCACGCUUCUCUUGGAAUCAUCACUCACUUUCUCAGAUCAUAAGCAAAUGAGCGCCAGCAAUUUGGUGGCAGAGGCAAUCUGGAAGGAAAUUGAGUCAGAACGUUCAGUGACCGAUGAUCAUCUAUGGACAUUGCACUUCAUAUUUGGCAAGAACUUUGAGCGAGCCGCCAGAAUUUUGGAUCAAAGAGGUGUCAAGAAGAUUUCUGGGGAGCCCAGCGGAAGAUCCAUCUUCCAGGUAAUGGGAGAAUCCAGAAGAAAAGAGGAGUAUCUAUGUUUUCCUGAGAACUUCUGCUCCUGUUAUUCCUUCUUCUAUGACGUCGUCAACAGAACAGAACAGCUUUGUUGCAAACAUCAAUUAGCUGCAAGACUUGCAGCAUCAUUGGGAGCUUACUCAGAAGUGAAGAUGUCUGAUCAGGAACUAGCCAUGUUGCUGUCCAAGCUAUAGGCAUUCAACUAAACGUUUUCCAGACUAAGAUUAUACAAUCAAGACCUUUUACAUUCAUAAAGACGAAUGUUUAUAACACAUUGAAAAGAAAAGGCAUUA